AUGCCUUUCGACCCAAACAAUGUCGACCUCGCAACGGCCGACCCGACCGAGGUGAUCUGUUACCUGGGUCUCGGGAAGAAUGAGUACAAUGGCCAUCUAGGAGCGCGCAUCUCCUCCAUCUUCGUCAUUGGCUUCGUCUCCACGGUAUUCACCUUCUUCCCCGUGGUUGCCAAGCGUGUGCCUAAGAUGCGUAUCCCGAUAUACGUCUACUUAUUUGCCAAGUACUUUGGUGCCGGUGUCAUCAUCGCCACGGCCUUCAUCCACCUUCUUGACCCCGCGUACUCAGAAAUCGGCGGCCAGACCUGCGUCGGCAUGACCGGCUACUGGGCCGAGUAUUCCUGGUGCCCGGCCAUCGUGCUUACCUCGCUGAUGAUCGUCUUCCUCAUGGACUUCGGUGCAGAGCGCUACGUCGAGAAGAAGUUCGGGCUGUGCCGUGACGACCCGGAGCCGAUCAUGGCUACGUCGGUCGCCGACGACACGCAAGUCCACCGGACCAACUCCCAGCCUCGCUCGGUCCAGGGCGAGGAGAAAAAGAUGCGGCAGAUGGAGGAUGGGACCUCCGACUCGGAGGAGAUGGUGGAGCGGUCGUUCCAGCAGCAGAUCGCCGCCUUCCUGAUUCUGGAAUUCGGUGUGAUCUUCCACUCUGUGAUUAUCGGCCUCAACCUCGGUGUCGCGGGUGAUGAGUUUUCGACUCUGUACCCUGUGCUCGUGUUCCACCAGUCAUUCGAGGGCCUGGGUAUCGGCGCCCGUAUGUCCGCUAUCCCCUUCAAGAAGGGAAGCUGGUUGCCCUGGGCGCUGUGCACGGCCUAUGGCUUGACGACGCCUAUCGCGAUUGCCAUCGGUCUGGGCGUGCGCACCACCUACAACUCGGGCUCCUACACCGCGAACGUGGUCUCGGGUGUCCUGGAUGCCAUCUCGGCUGGUAUUCUGAUCUACACGGGUCUGGUCGAGCUGCUCGCGGGCGACUUCCUCUUCGACCCUCACCGGACGCAGGAUGACAAGCGUCUUACUUUCAUGGUGAUCUCGGUGCUUCUCGGCACUGGCAUCAUGGCUCUUCUGGGCAAGUGGGCGUAA